AUGAGUAGCAGUGGUGUUUAUACGUGUAAUUCAUGUGUGUUGACUUUUGAUGCUAGUGAGCAGCAGCGGGCCCACAUGAAGUCUGACUGGCAUCGCUACAAUUUGAAAAGACGUGUUGCUCAAUUACCACCAAUAUCGUUCGAGACAUUUGAUUCGAAAGUGUCUGCAGCUGCUGCCAACACUAGUAAGGCGGCCGAUAAAGAGAAACCCAUUACCAAGAAGGAGUUGAAAAGAAGGGAAAAGCAGGUAUUGCUUGAAAAGAAAAAGAAGCUGUUGGAGAUCGCCAGGGCUAAUAUGUUGGAAAACAUGCAAAAGAGUCAAGAUGGAGAGACUCUCGACAUAAGCAGGCUCUCUUUGCAAGAAGAUGAAGGUGCCAAGGAAAAGGAGCAACCCGUCACGGAAGAACCUGAAGAGUUGAACGAGGAAGAAAUGGCGGAAAGAGUGAUGCAAGAAAAAUUGCGCAAUAGAGUGGAUAUUCCCCUAGACCAAUGUUUGUUUUGUGAACAUAACAAGCAGUUCAAGGAUCUGGAAGAAAACUUGGAACACAUGUUCCGGACUCAUGGGUUUUAUGUCCCAGAGCAAAAGUAUCUAGUCGAUAAAACCGGGUUGGUUAAGUACUUGUCCGAGAAGAUUGGUCUUGGUAACAUUUGUAUUGUAUGCAAUUUCCAAGGUAGAACGUUGGCCGCUGCGAGACAACACAUGUUGGCGAAGAGACAUUGCAAGAUCCCCUACGAAAGUGAGGAUGAAAGAUUGGAAAUAUCUGAGUUCUACGACUUCACAAGCUCGUACGGAGGCUUCCAUAAUAACACAACGGCGGGCAACGAGGAUGACUGGGAGGAUGUGGAGAGCGACGAGGCCGGAAACGACGACGAAGACCUACCACAAGAGUACUUAUAUAACGACGGUACAGAACUGCAUCUACCGACGGGCAUCAAGAUCGGUCACAGGUCCUUGCAGAGAUACUACAAGCAAGACUUGAAGCCCGAAGUGAUACUAACCGAGGGCCAAGGCACUCUGGUCGCUGCAGAGACCAGGUCGUUCCUGCCCAUGUUCGACAAGAAGGGCGUUCAAGCACAACAGCGUGUCUGGCAGACAGAAAGGUUCGACAAGAAGAGGCUGGACAAGAGAAGUGCCAAGUUCGUAAACAACCAACCUUACUACAGGGACCAACUGCUGCAGUGA